AUCGCCGAGAGACGAUUCUUCUUCCGGGUUGUGCUGUUUUGUUAUGCUAAGCGAAAAACACGUUUAAGAGCGUCACGUUAUAAAUACACUAGUCUUCUUAGGUUUGGGAAACAGACUUAGAAAAUAUCAGUACGAGAUGCAAAGACCACAGUUUCGCCAUCCCCGCCAGGGCUCUGGUCCACGGGCAGCAGGCUUCCGCAGCCCGCCUGCAGCCUUCGACAGGACAGGGAGUCUGAUUCCAUCGCCUCCGUGGGCAUUUUCUACCCCACCGCCGCCGUUUGGACCUAGAUUUGGACAGUGUUCUCCCAAUACACCACCGAGAGAGUUUGGUGGUAACAGAGGCGGCGGCGGUGGGAAAUAUUUUAACGUUCAGUCUCCGGGUCAUACCCCGCGCAGAUCGAGCCCCAGUCCCCGCGGCGCACCGUUCAGACGCUCGCCGUAUGAGAGUCCAGGACGACACUCUGGAUAUCAGGGUUCCCCUCGGACAUCCACUCCGUUUGGGUCGGCGCAUGGCAGGGAAAGAGGGGCAAAUGAUAUGGAAAAAUAUUACAAACCGUCAAUGCUCCAAGAUCCCUGGGCUGACCUACAGCCCAUCUCAGUUACACAAGAUCAGUCUAAAUGCAACUCCAAACAAACCAAUACAAGCAGACAAGGGAGGUACUACAAUUAAAACCUUAUCUAACUUUUUAUUUAGUGCACCAGUUGUGCACUGUUUUUUAAAGUCAAAAGGAGCCAGACGAACACAUGGACCCGAGGCAGGAUUCACCAGCAAUAAUUCUUGAGAAACUGACUUCACAACAUUUGAAAUUUAAAAUCAAAUGUAUUUGCUUGUAUAAAGAGACAUUCUCUUUUACUUUUAUAUCUGCACCUCAACGACAGGAUCAUAAAACUGGGGUGCUGUUGUAACUGGCAGCCUAUUUAAAGUAGUUUGCCAUCUCUGGCCCACUCCCAUGGAGUUUGCGAAUCCUUCACUGAAUUCAGAGGAAUAUGUCUUCAAACUCAAAAUGCAGUCUUAACAAAAAGAUGUCUGAUCAACACAUCCAUCUACCUCUCAAUAUUGACUGUGUGCUGUUAACUAGAACCGGUCAGGUCAAGUAUUUGUAGGUUUGGCUCCUUUACUAAUUUUCUAUGGACUUUUUAUUUUUGGUUUUACCACAGUCUAUGAUCUUUUCUUUUUUGUAUAAAUAAAAAAACAUGGACUGGCAACAGACAUUGUAAUCAUAAACGGCCCACAAAAAACUAUUGUUGAAUAAUACGGCAAAUAUAAUUAAAAAAAGUUGUAAUGCAAUACAGUCCUUGUCAAAAACAAUUUCAAGUUAAAAUCUGUUAUGCUAUAUUUACUAAAAACAUGUUUAAUAUCUUCAAAAUGCAUCUUACCAUGGAAAAAUGUAGAUAAAACACCGUAACAUUACUACGCAUUUCUGCAAGUUGUAAUUCAGUCUUUUUUUGUAGGUAUUAUGUUUUUGCUGUACAGUAUACCAUAUGAAUCUCAUAUUGGAGGUCUACAAAAAUAGAUUUUAUUAAUGUAACAGAAACAAAACAUUUUAUAAGGUAAUUAUGCUUAAAUGUUUGUAUUUGAUUUUUAUUCUACAAUCACCAUAAUUACUGUUGUAAUAUUACAUACAUCAGUGCUGUCUUUGUUUUUUUUUCUUUGAUGUCAGCUAGUUCGAUAAUGCUUAUAAUUUGGCCUUACCCUUUUCUGAAUUCAAAUUUCUGCAUGUUCAGCAUUUUGCCACGAGACACCCAAAAUAUAGAAUGAAAGUGUAUCUAAAUGUAUAAGAAAGACUAAAACAAUAGAGGCUUAUAUUAAAAUGUCCUGUAUUGUAAACCCUU